GUGUUCUUCAGCGCUUUGCCCGUAGAAUGGCCAUCCCUGGAUGCUUUCUCACGUGGGAUACAAGUGUUACUUCACUGAACUCGCGCACCGAUUCCCUUAUCAAAAGGGCGCGUGCGGUUUAUGAUCAAAUCGGAUCUGUUUCAAAUCCCACAUGGCGAUCUGUUGCUCAGGUAUGCAGCUAGUUUUUUGAUAUGCAUUCGCUUCUAGUCUCUUUCUUAUUUCGAGGCAGAAUAUUCUGUUGAGAAGGAGAUGUUGACCUUCCCGCAAUAUGUGUUUCCGGAUAAGAGUGUCAGAGACGCAAGUUGUGAUGCUGCUCGCAAGAUAUCGGAUGUCGAAGUUGAGCUUGAAAUGCGGAAAGACGUCUUUGAUCAAUUUGUGCAUAUCCAAUCUCACCUGGACUCGACUGUACCAGCUGAAAUGAAGCGAUAUGUUGACAGAAAAGUUCGUGACGGACGGCGAGCAGGUGUGAACUGUUUCCUUCGGAACCCCUAAUUAGCUUCUCCCAUCUCAGGUCUACAUCUGGAUGAAAAAGGUCGCAAGAAAAUUGAGGAGCUGUCGAAAGAAGAGAAUCGGUUAUGCAUAGAUUUCCAGCGAGCGUUGGAUGAAGAAAAUACGGUGCUUGAGUUUACAGAGGAGGAAUUAGCCGGCUGUCCAGAGGACUUUCUCAGGGGUCUUAAGAAGGCGUCUUCGGGGAAGCUGCAACUCACUCUGAAAUACCCUCACUAUUUUCCCGCAUCGGAAAAGGCGUCGAACCCCGCUACGAGAAAAGCACUAGAGAAGGCUUUCAACUCUCGUUGCAUCAAAGAGAACACUCCCAUCCUGAAACGCCUUAUGGAGCUUCGUAAAGAACGCUCCAGUAUGCUAGGUUUUCCAACCCACGCGGAUUUUACUGUCGAUAUUCGUAUGGCCAAAACAGCCGCCACUGUGAAUGCCUUCUUGAAGGACGUCGCCCAGAAGCUGGAACCCAUUCGAGCAAAAGAAACAGCUCGUGUUUUACAAUUGAAAAAGGAAGAAUGUGAGCGCUUGGGCUAUCCUUUCGUCAACCGCAUUGAACCGUCUGAUCUCCGGUAUUACAUUAAUCUUAUCAAAGAGAAAGACUACGCGGUGGAUCAUCACCACUUAAAGAAAUACUUCCCUCUGCGCGCUGUCAAAGCCGGAGUGUUGCGGUUAUAUCAACAUUUGCUCGGACUGACUUUUGCUCGCGUAAAUACAACAGAUGUAUGGCAUCCGGAUGUGGAAUACAACAGAGUAUGGCAUCCGGAUGUGGAAAUGUAUUCUGUCACCGAUACAGACACGAAGGAGCUACUGGGCUAUAUGUAUUUAGACCUACAUCCCCGUGAGGGGAAAUUCGGCCAUGCUGCCGUGUUUGGAUUGCAGCCCGGUUGUUUACGACGUAAAGAGACGGCAUCUGGUGAGGGUGUCGAACGUCAGGUGGCCGUGGCGGCUAUCGUCGCGAACUUCACCGGACCGUCUACCGCUGAAUCCGAAGCCUAUUUGUUGCACGAUGAGGUUAACACAUUCUUCCACGAGUUCGGCCACUUGAUGCAUGCCAUUUGUGCGCGCGCAGAAUGCGAGCUUUUCAGCGGUACUCACGUGGAGACGGAUUUCGUUGAAUGUCCCUCACAAAUGUUGGAGAACUGGGUGUGGAAUGAGGACGGUCUGAAGGCCUUGUUAGGCGCGGAAGCUGAGCCGAUACCUAAGGAGUUGCUGGACCGUCUUUUGGCGUCCCGGAAAGCUACUGCUGGACUGUUCUAUACGCGGCAGGUGUUGCUUGCCACCUUCGAUCAGGCCAUCCACACGACACAUUGGAAUUGGAGUGAAGUUUUCAGCGCGGAUCUCUAUGAGUCACGCUUUAGACACGCCCCAGAUGGCGGGUGUUUGAGUAAGACAGUCGGUCGUGAGUAUCGCACAAAAAUUUUGCAACCCGGUGGAUCCAAAGAUGCCUCAGACAUGCUACGUGACUUCCUUGGACGAGAUCCCAACAACUCUGCUUUCUUCAAACUUCUGGGCAUCCAGGUUUAAUUUUUAUACUGUGAUCUGUUUGCCUGACAUUCGUUUAUGCUCCUAUUCAGGUCGGUCAUGUUUUUGAGCAAGUGUUUUUGGAAUGUCUUGCCUUUUAUACAUUUGAAAACUAGCCCAGAACUGUUUUCUUCUUGAGGACAUGAACCCUGGGUCGACUUUGUUCCAGGUCACUUCAUUCAGUUGUCGUUGGUCGUCGGAUUCUUCUGUACUUUACAAUAGAAUGCUGCUGCA